AUGGCUGCACAAACUCGUGGGGUUAAACACGUGAUGGUGGUAGGUGAAAGUCUGAUCGUAUUUGGAAGACUUCUUGUUAGACGUUCUUCGUGUAUAACGUCUUCGUCGUUUCCGAAAGCUAGGUGUUUGUCGAGUUUUGAAGUCCUUGGUUUCGAGAGAUUGGCUCUUUUCGUGAUAGGAAGUGGUAGAUGUUAUCUUUGGUUUGGCCAUGGACAUCCUUGGUAAAUCUCUCUCAAUUGUGUCUAAGAAGAAGAAGUGCUUUGUGUUCUUGGUUCUAUUGUUUAGCUUAAAGUUUUAUGGUCGGUUUCUUUUGUUAUCAGUUUAAGGAUUAGUCUCCUCUCGGUUUAGGUUCUAAAUUUUCUGUUUUGUAUCUUUUUUAGACUCGUUUUCAUAGGAUUUAAUAACUCUUGAGACAUUUUCAUC